AUGGUUAUAUUUACUACUCCUGAAUUCUAUCCUAUUCUUUAUAGAUUAAGAAAAAAUGGAUCACUACCAUCGUAUUUCAUUCUCGAUUAUAAAACUCCUCUAGAAAUGCCUCCUAUUGCAUCCCUUGUAUCUACUUUCGAACAACAACAUCAAACCGAUCCAGAACGNCAAUCUAAUUAUUUAUCGUGGUUAGAAAAUCUGUUCUCAUUCUGUCAAUCACCAAUGGUUAUAUUUACUACUCCUGAAUUCUAUCCUAUUCUUUAUAGAUUAAGAAAAAAUGGAUCACUACCAUCAUAUUUCAUUCUCGAUUAUAAAACUCCGCUAGAAAUGCCUCCUAUUGCAUCCCUUGUAUCUACUUUCGAACAACAACAUCAAACCGAUCCAGAACGUGCUUAUCAUUCCGUCGAUCUUUAUGCCGUAUGGUGUGCUAAAUCAUUUAUGUUGAAUCGCACUGUUGAACUCAAUCCGUUUCACACAGUUUUUUUUCUUUAUAUGGAUGCUGGAGCAUUUCGAUUGCCAAAGUAUCGAUUUCAAGCAUGGCCAGAUGUAUCUACUCUCAGUAAUAUAUUAAAUACGAAUCGAUUUCUUCUCGGUAUGAUUGCUCGACUUCCCAAUCGAUUUUGUUCUUCUAAAUAUCAAAUAACCGAUGGUCCAAUCAAAAUUGAUUUAAUCGAAGGUACUUUUAUGGGUGGUUCAAUUGAUACUGUUCGUUGGUGGACGUCGGCCUAUUAUGAAAUAAUUAAUGAUUAUCGUGUAAGAAAAUUUUUUAUUGGCAAAGAUCAAUAUAUAAUGAAUACAAUUGCAUUAGUUUAUUCAACACGUAUUAACGUGCUUCUGCCAUUUCGAAUCUCGUGUGACAAUGUCUGGUUUGCUUUUGGUCCACUUUUUGCGAGCAAACCUGAAAGAAAGAACUUGUCGUUCUCGCAUGAUUGCCAAGAACAGAAAUUGUCUGAAAUUGUUAUUCCUUUCGAUAAAAUUUGUGCGAAUAUCGAAAAUAUUUCAUAA